GCGUUCAGUCUCGCGAGAGCUCUUGGCUCUGUGUGGCGGGACGGGCGGCGGCUCUCGCGAGAGCUGCGGCCCCGGACCCAACAUGGCGGAAGAGGAGGUGGCCAAGCUGGAAAAGCACCUGAUGCUUCUCCGCCAGGAGUAUGUAAAGCUGCAGAAGAAGCUAGUUGAUACAGAAAGGAAAUGCAAUCUCCUGGCUGCUGAGGCUAACCAAGACAAUGCCAGUGACACCUUCAUCAGUCGACUUCUUGCCAUUGUAGCUGAACUCUAUCAGCAGGAGCAGUACAGUGAUCUGAAGAUAAAGGUUGGGGACAAGCACAUCAGCGCUCACAAAUUUGUCUUGGCGGCACGCAGUGACACGUGGAGUCUUGCCAACCUUGCCUCAACAGAGGAGCUGGAUCUGUCAGCAGAUGCUGACCCAGAGGUAACCAUGGCAAUGCUGCGGUGGAUCUACACAGAUGAGCUGGAGCUAAGAGAAGAUGAUAUCUUCUUGACAGAGCUUAUGAAACUAGCAAAUAAAUUUCAGCUCCAGCUGCUUAGGGAAAGAUGUGAAAAAGGAGUUAUGUCACUUGUUAAUGUCAGGAACUGCAUUCGUUUCUAUCAGACUGCUGAGGAGCUGAAUGCUGGCACUCUGCUCAACUAUUGUGCUGAGAUAAUUGCCAGUCACUGGGAUGACUUACGUAAAGAAGACUUCAGCAGCAUGAGUGCUCAAUUACUGUAUAAAAUGUUCAAGUCCAAGACAGAAUAUCCUUUGCAUAAGGCUAUUAAAGUUGAGAGAGAAGAUGUAGUCUUUUUGUAUCUUAUUGAAAUGGAUUCACAGCUUCCUGGGAAGCUCAAUGAAUUGGAUCACAAUGGAGAUCUUGCUUUGGAUCUGGCCCUUGCCCAGAGAUUGGAGAGUAUUGCAACUACACUGGUCAACUACAAGGCUGAUGUAGAUAGGGCAGACAAGAGUGGCUGGAGUCUAUUACAUAAAGCCAUCCAAAGAGGCGAUAAAUUUGCUGCAAACUUUCUCAUUAAAAAUGGUGCCCGUGUGAAUGCUGCUACACUGGGAGACCAGGAUACUCCUCUGCACCUUGUGGCCUCGUACAGCCCCAAGAAGCAUUUGCCAGAUGUCAUGGCAGAGAUGGCACAGAUAGCAGAGUCCCUCCUACAGGCAGGAGCCAAUCCAAAUAUGCAAGACAGCAAAGGAAGGACCCCAUUACAUGUGUCAAUUGUGGUCAGGAAUGAACCUGUAUUCAGUCAGCUUCUCCAGUGCAAGCAACUAGACUUGGAGCUGAAGGAUCAUGAAGGAAGCACAGCUCUGUGGCUUGCAGUUCAGUAUAUCACUGUAUCGUCUGAUCAGUCUGUAAACCCUUUUGAGGAUGCCCCUGUUGUAAAUGGAACCUCAUUUGAUGAGAACAGUUUUGCAGCAAGGUUGAUCCAGCGAGGCAGCAAUACAGACGCUCCAGACACAGUAACAGGAAACUGCUUGCUUCAGAGGGCAGCUGGUGCUGGCAAUGAGGCAGCUUCUCUCUUCCUCGCCACGCAUGGAGCGAAAGUCAAUCACCAAAACAAACAGGGAGAAACACCACUGCAUACAGCCUGUAGGUAUGGCCUAGCAAACUUGACAGCAGAACUUCUGCAACAAGGAGCCAAUCCAAACAUUCAGACAACAGAAGCAGUCCUUGGUCAGAAGGAUGCCUCUUCUCCAACAGCAGAGAAUGUUUAUCUGCAAACUCCCCUUCACAUGGCUAUUGCUUACAAUCACCCAGAUGUGGUGUCUGUCAUCCUGGAACAAAAAGCUAAUGCUCUUCAUGCUACCAACAACUUGCAAAUUAUUCCUGACUUUAGUUUAAAGGACUCGAGAGAUCAGACUGUGCUGGGGUUGGCUCUUUGGACAGGCAUGCACACAAUAGCAGCCCAGCUGCUUGGAUCUGGGGCAUCCAUUAAUGACACAAUGUCAGAUGGACAGACUCUACUACAUAUGGCAAUACAGAGACAAGACAGCAAGAGUGCACUUUUUCUGCUGGAACAUCAGGCAGAUAUAAAUGUCAGAACACAGGAUGGAGAGACUGCCUUGCAGCUAGCUAUAAAAAACCAGCUCCCUCUUGUGGUUGAUGCUAUUUGUACCCGAGGAGCAGACAUGUCUGUGCCAGACGAGAAAGGAAAUCCUCCUUUAUGGCUUGCCUUAGAGAAUAACCUGGAAGAUAUUGCAUCAACUCUGGUUAGGCAUGGCUGUGAUUCAACCUGUUGGGGGUCAGGACCAAGUGGCUGCUUACAAACUCUUCUUCAUAGAGCUAUUGAUGAAAACAGUGAACAGAUAGCAUGCUUUCUUAUUCGCAGUGGUUGUGAUGUGAAUAGUCCCAGAAAGCCAGGCCCUAACGGAGAAGGAGAAGAGGAAGCUCAUGAUGGACAGACACCCUUACACUUGGCAGCCUGCUGGGGACUUGAAGAGGUGAUCCAGUGCCUUUUGGAGUUUGGUGCCAAUGUCAAUGCUCAGGAUGCAGAAGGAAGAACUCCAAUCCAUGUUGCCAUUAGCAACCAGCACAAUGUUAUCAUUCAGCUUAUGAUUUCACAUCCAGAUAUUAAGCUAAAUGUCCGUGACAGGCAAGGAAUGACCCCCUUUGCUUGUGCUAUGACAUAUAAAAACAACAAAGCAGCUGAAGCAAUUUUGAAGAGGGAACCAGGAGCUGCUGAGCAGGUUGAUAACAAAGGUCGGAAUUUCCUACAUGUAGCUGUUCAGAACUCGGACAUUGAGAGUGUGCUGUUCCUCAUAAGUGUACAGGCUAAUGUAAACUCUCGGGUCCAGGAUGCCUCCAAACUAACACCUCUCCACCUGGCUGUACAAGCUGGCUCAGAGAUCAUUGUGCGUAAUCUGCUGCUUGCAGGUGCCCAGGUGAAUGAACUGACUAAGCACCGGCAGACUGCUCUUCACUUAGCAGCACAGCAGGAUUUGCCCACAAUUUGUUCAGUCCUUCUGGAGAAUGGAGUAGACUUUGCAGCUGUAGACGAAAAUGGAAAUAAUGCUCUUCAUCUGGCAGUGAUGCAUGGCCGACUAAACAAUAUCCGUGUCCUGCUCACAGAGUGCAAUGUAGAUGCAGAAGCCUUUAAUAUCAGAGGCCAGUCGCCAAUGCAUAUUCUGGGACAAUAUGGGAAAGAUAAUGCAGCAGCCAUUUGUGACCUUUUCUUGGAAUGCAUGCCAGAAUACCCUCUGGACAAACCUGAUGCUGAAGGCAACACAGUGCUCCUGUUGGCUUACAUGAAGGGAAAUGCUAACUUGUGUCGUGCAAUAGUGAGAGCUGGGGCUCGUCUUGGAGUUAAUAAUAAUCAAGGAGUCAAUAUCUUCAACUACCAAGUUGCUACAAAACAGCUUCUCUUCAGAUUGCUGGAUAUGCUGACAAAAGAACCUCCCUGGUGUGAUGGCUCCAACUGCUAUGAAUGCACUGCCAAAUUUGGAGUCACAACAAGAAAGCAUCACUGCCGACACUGUGGACGCCUGCUCUGCCAUAAGUGCUCAACAAAGGAGAUUCCUAUCAUAAAAUUUGAUCUGAACAAGCCAGUUCGAGUUUGCAACAUCUGCUUUGAUGUCCUCACUCUGGGAGGAGUCUCCUAGUAUGCUGUGGAAGUAAAGGGAUUCCCAGUCAGUGCUCCUGACAGCAGCUCUGCUUACAAGCCCUCUGGAUAGGGAAGAGGAGGCCUAUACAUGUCUUCUGCACUAGACUGAACUAAUUAAGGACCCUGAUACGAUAUAUUCUGGUAUAAAUGACUGUAUGACUGUAAAUGUAUUGGGCUGUGAUAGACUUCACUAGGAAUUCGAGUGGAACGUUGAAAUUAAGUGACAAAAGAAGUUAGACCCUCUUCUAGUUGCAGUGGGGUAUGGAAGCUCACAUUGCUAGGCUGAUGUUUGAAUUGACAUAAACCAGGUCUGUCCUUGACAUGGUGCUUUGCACUGAGCAACUCUACUAAGUCCUGUGGCUUUUGGGCUGCCUAGUAGAGGUUGGCAUUAAGUUUCAGGGUAACCAGGUAUCUUUCUUUGCUUUGUCUUAAAGAUAAAUGUUCCCUUUCUCUAGAGAAGACUUCCUGUGAAGCUAGACUGAGCUGUUGCAACUGCUGUUCAUUUCGAGAAACUCUUCAAAAAUGGAGUAGUUCCAAGUAUAGCUCAAGAAUUGUGGCCUUACAACAGAAAGCUUUACAACAUCUGAUGCAAAGCAGUCAGAAUUGCAGAUCCACAGCUUGAUACCUCCUCAGUAAAUGUCUCGUUAGCUUUAGCAUGUUCAAGAGAAGUGCAGCAUUGUUUUAGCCAGCGAAUCCUCUUGCUCAUACCUGCCAGAACUGUUCAAGUCUUUGUUGCACUUUCAUAUUUACGUUGCUAGUCCUUCCAGUUUGUGAAACUUGUAUAAAUGCGCAUAAGUGUGCUGCAGGGCCUAACUAAGCAUAUGCUAAAUGGAGAAACACUAAAACUGGUUCAGUAGUGGAACUCUCAGUACAGCAAUAAAUGCUGAAGUGCAUUAUGAAUCCCAGGAGGGAAAGUAGCACUUUCCUUUGGCUUGGAGACCCUGGUUAACUGCUGCAGGAGCCUCAGUAAUGCUACCAGUGUAGAAUGUGCUGCACCUCUAGACACUAAAUAUGGGUCCAUUUUUAGCAGGGUUGCUGGUGAGUGGUGGUGUAUUUGGAGGCUUCCCGUUAGCAUUAAGCCUCUGGCCUUGGAGGAAGGAUGCUGAAGUGGUGGUGCAGUGCCAGGGGUUUGGAUUAAGCUGCAGUAUUUUAAUCUAGGCUCAUUGUGCUCUCUUAAACAUGCUGAAUCUGUAAAAAUCCAACACCACAAUACCUAGGAAACAGGAAAGUACUUUGCUGAUAGACAGGGUUGUGAUUUGGUGGGCAAAGGCUUCAGUCAGAAAAACAUGUACUUAAACAAAACUACAUGCCAUCUUAAGGCUGGUUUUAUCCCAGUUUAGACUCAACUCAGCAAUCCUCAUCUCUACUCCAUGAACUGUGCAUUUAUUUGAUGACUGUUAUCUCCUCCAGUGUACGAUAUGGACAAGUUGGUGACGCGCUGCCCUAUUUGGAAUAGUGACUUACCAGUCUUAAGGAGUAAGAUGGGAUGAUAAACCAGACUGCUGCUUUCAUGGAAGAUUUGCUUGAGGUUUUUCUUCAGACUUGUACAAGCAAAGGGUAGAGGAGGGUGUAAUUGCUGACAUUUGCACGACGAAUUUCACAUCAAGUCUCACUUGAUCUGCACUUUGAUCUUCCAAUAUGCAUAUAUUAUAACUGGAAUCUCACUCUUGUAACACUAGAGAAGAAUAAUGGAUGAUAAUAGAAAUUUGCAUCGCUGUUUUAUGUCUGCUGCUGUCACGUUGCAACAGAAUGCCCUGGGUGACACAACUGGUCUCUAACACUGUUACUGAUACAAGUGGUCCAUCUCUGGAAUAAUUCUCUAGGUGGAAAAUAAUGGUGUCUGAAGCACUGAACUGCAGGCUACAGUUGGGUUUUAUAAGUGAAAUAGAUGAUGGAAGACAUUGAAUUUCUAGUCUCUUGCUUUCUUAGGUUUCAGAGUAUCACUGGUUGCAAGUCUCUAGAUGGAGAGAAAGUGCAUUUGGUGAGCCUUGACUGUACUGUAUCCUCUGAUCAUGUGCUAACUUUCUCCUUGGUUGGGAGCUGCCGUGAUGUGGAGUGCUAAGUGUGUGCUUACAGUACUGAUAGAGGUAGAGCCCAAGGACUUCAUCUUCAUUGGAAAGCCACACAAGAUGCAAUGUCUGAACCAUUUAAACAUCACAUUUUCAGUGACUCCCUGGUGGAAGGAGCAGGGGAACAGGGAGCUCAGUUCUAACAGAAUAAGCAACCUUUUAAAUUAUGAAAAAUGCAGAUGUUGUGAAAAUUCAGCUUAACUGAGUGGCAGGUUUAAGGCUGGCUAGUUGUUCUUUUUGAAGUAGACUAUUAAUUGUAACUGCCUGAACCUCUAGGAGACAUCUUGGAAACAACAUCUAAUGCUCCUUGUUUGCCAUGUACAGCCAACACUACAAGUUUUCUCACUGAAAUCUGAAAGAGAGGGUUAGUCAUAAACUAACACACAGUCUGAAGUGUUCAUUGAGUUUCAAAGAACUAAAUUCAGGAAAUUUAAUCAUGUUAAAGUGCCUUUGAGAUAGUUUCCUUCCAGCCAACUUUAAAUAGCUUUCUGCCAGUUAAAGGGAAAAAGCUCACACCUCGAACCAAAAUCCAAGUUCAUUCUCUUCUAGUUCAGCUGAAGAGGCUGAGCCCAGCACCCAGCUGGUGGGGCUCAGUCCUUCACAUGCUCUGCCUAGUAUUGGUCUGAACUCUGACACUUGAUGUUUUGGGGGAGUUUUGUUGCCAAUGCUCUGCUGCAGGGUACAAAUGUGAACAAAGGCACUUGGUAAUGCAGUAGCGGUCAUCACAUUUCUAACUCUGUAAAGAACUGCUCUUCCUUUUUAUAGCAUAGUACAGUUGUGACCAAACCCCCCUCCCUUCACCCCUGCUGGUUUUAAAUGGUAUUAACUUAGGAUUCAAGUCUGCCAAGCGUUAAACAAGAGGGUGAAUGGAAAACAAACUUGUGUCCCAGGAAGUGAUGCUGUCAGACCAGGCUGUGGGCACUGCAGCAGAGCUGCACGGGAAGUCUGUGGUGGUUCAUACUGUAGCUUUUUGUUCUGAGCCUGGAUUCCUUUGGAUUGCAGUCAUCCAGCACCCUUACACAAGCACAAAACCUGGUCUGGCUUCAAGUGUAGUGUAUCUGAAAAAGGUGUAGUCACUGCUUCACACCACUAAGUGGAGUGAGAAUGUUGGUGUUGAAGGUACUAACACAGCAAAGCAAGCUGCUGGCUAAAAGCUGACAGAUGCCUUAAUGACUCUGUCAUUGGCUUGUACAACUUCUUACAUAGUGCUUCUAAAUUAACCUGUAACAAUAUGGGAUGCUGAGGCUGGAUUUUUUUGUAAAUCAAAUAUUAAUAGGCAAGUCCUCUUUCUCCUGUAACCAGCAGCGUUGGUACUGCAGCAAACUCGUCUCUAGAAAAAUCAAAGCUUGUACAAGUGACAAACAACUCUGACCAUUCUAAUACCCUCUGUGAAAUAGAAAAGGGAGUCUUAGAACAAUGGCGUUUUUUAUCUGCAAUGUUUGUCUGGAGUCAUUGUAAAAAUGUAUUUUUCCAAUACGCAUUACUUUGUUGUGUAAUGAUUCUACUUGUAAUAAAAUGCAUAACUAGAUCAUGCAUCGUGAGGUAGAAAACCUUGUUCAGAAAGUCUCUCGUGUAAAGACAGCUGCCCCUCUGUGGGCUGUCCUCUACAAGGAAAACUAGGGCUGGGACACAACAGCGCAUGACAACUUGUAUUCCUUGUUUUGAGGUUAUUCUAGGUACUCAUUUUAAUGUUGGGGAACUGCUACAACUGUUCUGGUUUAUACCACCUAGUCAUCUCCAAUGCCUUAUACUAGACUUACCUGUAAUCAUUCCUAUGAAACAAUCCUGACUUCCUACAGGCCAGAGCUGGUUCAUGGAGUAAAUCACUUCUGAGCUCAGAUCCACUUCAGUGGAUGAGUAACAUAGGCUUGGUGUGCUCAGCUGCACACUGGUGGGCAGCUUGGCCUCCUGGAAGAGAUGUAACUGCUGCAGCUUUACUUCAGGAUAAGGAAAGCUUCAGUGCAAUAGCGGAACCCACCAAACCAUCUUGGUGAGAUUGUGAUGCAUUAGUUUUUUAUUAAUAAAACUUAUUAAAGUA